GAAUUGAGGGCCGUCUAGAUAACUGCGGACUUUAAAUCUUGGUUCUGUGAUAGCUUAUUGAGGCUUAUCAAGUUGGAAUAUCUGUCUUCAGAUUACUAUCGCUGUUUAUUUCUGCUGGAUUAAAAUGUCUUAUCCUCCCAAAGCACCAAUAGUACAUGAAAACAUUACAAAUGGAGAAAGUGGACUAGACAAGAGAAAACUAUUCGACAUAAAUCCUCCUUUCGGAGACAUUGACGAUAUCUAUUUAUCUUCAGCAGGUCGUGAUUCGCCUGUAUCAGUGGUUAUGUCUGAACGUGUUCAGCGUAUAGCCUCCGGGAUAUAUAGAGAGUUUGAAACUAUGAUUGAAGCUUAUGGCUUACCAGUUGUGGAACGCUUGAUGCCACUAAUAAUUGGUCUUUUGGAGAAUUUGGAUGAUUUGUACAAAGAUCAAGCUGCAUACCAUGCUGAAGUGGGUCAUUUGCGGGAGGAAAAUGAACAUGUCUUCGAUCAACUUACUGCUGAGAAGGCCGCUCGUAAACAAUCUGAAUUGCGCUUACUGCAUGCUGAAGAUGCCUUCGAUGAAGAAAGGAAGGCGAACGAUGCCAAAAAUGAAACGUUGUCUACAUCUUGUCGACAAAUGGAGUUGAAACUACAAUUAGCUAAAGACCAAGUUUCACGUUUGGAAGCCAAAGAACAAGAAUGGAAGAAAGAAGAGAGUCGUCUACAUGAACGUUUAAAUGAAUUGAUACGCUCUAAUGUUGAAUUAACAGAACAGAUAAAAUUUGUCAGUCAACAGAACAAUACUAACAAUAGUCAUAAUAACAAUGGGAACAACAAAAAUACAUUGCGUAAAUUAUCAAUUGGUUCACCUCAAUUUAAAUUGAUUGGCUCCACUGAAGUUGAAAAAGAAACUUCCAUUUAUUCACAACCUUCAGACACUGGUUAUGAUGCAACUAGUGGAGGCUUCGGCUUCGAUGAAAUGCCGAGUCAUUCAGAGGUGGAUACUUUUCCAAUCAUGGAGGAUGAUUUACCUGCUAGUAUGCGUAAAGAAAUUGACGUGUUAAUCAAAGAGAAUAUGGACCUUGUUGAAACUAAAAAUGCUUUAAAUGUUGUGAAAGAUGAUUUAUUGGCUAAAAUUGACUAUUUAACUUCGGAAAAUAUAUCAUUGCGUGAAUCAGUAGAUAUGUUGACACUGGCACGUGUCAAUCUACAAGGUGAAUUGACUAGUACAGAUCAAAUGUUAAGCGAUGCUCGUUCAGAAAUUAACCAGUUAAAUGAGAAGUUAUCAGCAUGUCUAGAGAGUAAAAAUGAAGAGUCUAGUAAUUCAUCGCAAAGAAAACGUUUCACACGUUCAGAAAUGGCACGUAUCUUGGCUGAACGUAAUCACUAUAAAGAACGUCUUUUAGAAUUACAAGAUGCUGUACGAUUUACGGAAACUCUACGAAUCGGUCAAAAAGGGCAUCCAGAUCUUUUAUCAAAGGUGAUAACACCGCAACAAAAAUGUGAUUCAAUUACUCCAGUCACUGGACCAUUACAAAGUUUACAGAAAUUUUUCGCUGCAUUCACUUCUGGUCAACGUUCUGAAGCUGUCCCUGAAUCUAUGCAGAAUGUGGAAAGUGGUUCAUCAGUCCAUAGUGCGGAUAUCUCUUUAUCAUGGAUAACACUAUCAACUACAGGUACAUACCCUCCAAUCUAUGGUUGGGCAUCUGGGAAUGAUUCUGAUGUUAAGUGCAAUUCACAACAGUAUGAAACUAAUAUUAAUACCGGUAGUGAUGAUAAGAAUGAUGAUUCACAGUAUAGUAUACCUGUUCCCGUUCAAUGUAGAACAAUCGGUGGUUUGCAUCGAAAACACUUGGAGAUAUGUACAGCUCUUACUGUUCCAAUUGUGUCUCUAGAUAAUGAUUCAAAAAUUAAGUUUCAUUUAUGGCUAAUUGGUCGUGGUGGUCCAGCUGAUUCACAUCUAACUGACUCCUCACUAUCCUUGAAUCGUGGUUAUCUGGGUCAAGUGCAUAUCUUUGAACCGACAAGAUUUACACAACCUGUGUAUAGUUUUGACUUGGAUAAUGGAUUUUUGCCGUCAGCUGCUGUAUGUGUGAAAUGUACUACAGUUUUGAAUACUAAGAACAAUAAUUUUUUUUUGUGGUUUGUUGAAAAUCUACUUGUCUUUUUAGAGUUAACCCAACCUUCAACUAAAAUAUUUACGCCGGAAUUAACGUCAGAUGAUGCAAAAAUUGAAUUCUCUUGGGAUUUUAGUGAUCUAUCCAAUGACAACUGUGAUAAAGCAACUCCAAAACAGCUGAGAAAUGAUCUUGAAGGUCAUUGUGUAAUUUUAGCCUCAAAUGAUGGUAGAUUUUUGGUCUUUCAACCAUGUUAUGAAAUUAAAUCAAAUUAUCAGUCUGCUUUGGUUGAUACUACCUCGAGUAUUCAAGAUGGUAUAGGAGACAGUGAAAAGUGUAUGAGUAGCAAAAAUAAUCCAUUGUGUUCAACUAGCUGUAGUAUUCGUCUACCACAAAUUCUGUAUCGGUUUAAUACAGAUAGUCAAGGUCUCGUGGCUAAUGCAAUGAUAUCAUGUGAUAAUCAUAUCUGCAUUGGUUUAUUCAAUUCACUUGGCGUCAGUCAAUUUGUAUGCUUUCAGUGGCCAUUAUUUACUGAAAGUAUGAUUAGGAAUUCAUCAAAUUCUACCAGUAUCAAAACUACCCAUAAACUAAUUAAUCUACCAUAUAACUCUUUAUCUACUGGUCCUCUUAUAAUGACGUCAAACACUUGUAAUGAUAACAAAGAUAACGAGAUGGUAGAUGAUGAGGUGUUAGAUGAUCAUAUAUGGUUUGGUACUGCUGGUGGUGGUUAUUGUCACUGUUUAGCAGUUCGAUCUGGUAAAUUUAUUACAAGUUUAGCAUUACCAAGUGAAACACCGUGUUUACAUGCAAUAUGCAUUAAAUCAUCUACGCGUAAAUCAUCCAAGAUAAUAUGGUUAGCUGUUUCUGGUAAUCCAGUAACUUGCUCACCAUCUAAGAAGAGUUUCGAUACAACAAGGACUGGUGAUGAUGAUGAUGAUGAUAAUAAUAAUAAUAAUGAUAGUAACAAUGAAGAGAAGAUGAAGAAAGUGAGCGGUGUCAGCGGUGGAAUGGCACGUUUGUUAGCUUGUUGUCCUCAACAGAAAUGUAUUCUACGUCAAAUUGAUUUAACCUCUUCUCUAUCUUCUAUGUUAGAUAUGGAAGGUGUUACGGAUCCAAUAGAUUUGACAAUAUGUCGUUUACUUAUUGUCCCAAUGACCGCCGAUAAUGAAAUAUGGUUUGCAACUCGUUCUGGGCUUAUUGCUCGUUUACGCUUGGACUACUCAGAUAAAAAUGAAUCUGAAGCAGAUCAAAUCGAAUUGUCAAAAUCUUCUUCAGUACUAAUCAGUUGUCAUGGUUAUCGACGCCCUGUAUGCAACUUACUUCUUAUGCCUCUAAUUUCUCAGGUAGUGAAUACUGAAGAAUUUGAUUACUUGAUAGUUUCUGUUGGACAUGACUAUGUUGAUCUUAGACCAAUAUUAUCAGCGGCUAAGAAGAGCGAUGAAAAUCCGAUUCACUCAUAUGAUCGAGUUUCCAGUGUUAUUAAUCAUGUCAACCGAUCGCGUCAAAUGGGUUCAGGUGCUCACGCUAUUGUGUGGAGACUUACUGAAGCGUGUAAUUAAAGGAAAAACGUGGUCAUAAUUUUUCUGUUUAUUUUUUCAUACUACUUGCGAGGAAAAAAGUAGUUUGAAUUCCGAACAAAAUGUUUCAGUGAUGUUGCUACAUCACAACGAAUAAGAGUCAAAUGAAAUGAUCAUUUCCUCUCUUAAUUGAUUUCGAUUCCUUUACUUCAUAAUAAAAUCAUUUCUCCCCACCCUCUCUUUAAUGCCGUUUACAUAUAUAAAUGGAAAGCAUUGCCAGUUGCUUCAUAUCAUGUGAGUCGGUAGAGGUCUAUGAAUGUGUAUCUUUCACUAAAUGUAACUUAUUAAGUGUUGUGUUUUUUCUUUAAUGUUACUGUUGUGCAAUCAGAACACCUUAUCCUAAUAUUGUUCAUACUACUUGUCAGCAUUUAACUUAUAUUCAUAUUGAUUACCUUUCAUUUUGUUACUUGAUAAUUAUCAUAUAAGUUGUACUUUAUAUUUGCCUUUCUAUUCACUUCUUUAUUCUUUGCUGCUUCAUAUAAAGCUCUGCUGUGUGAUUUGAGUUUUAUUUUUCCUGAUAGCGCCAGUGUAUUUCCAUCUUCAGUCUACAGAUGUUUACCUCACUGGUCUGUAAUGUUAUUAUCAGAUUGUUUUUUUGUAGAGUUUAUUAUAGUGUAUCGUCGGUUGGGCAUUUUAAAUGUUUUCUGUGAUUUUUUGCUUCUGGUGUCUAUCUUUCUUUCUUACAUAUAAUCUGUUUGUUUGCUUUCAUUUAAAUUUAGCUAUCAUUUGUCAAUAUGACUGUGAUUUAUGGUAAAUUGUAUUACUUCAUGAUAUCAUAUAUGACUAAAAUAUUACAUUGUUUGAAUUCUUUCUGGAGCAUUUGUGUAGUUGUUAUUGUAGAUAUAGAAUGGAUGUUU